GUCCAGGACGAUGCAUCAGCCCCACGCGAGCCACAGCAGCGAGAAGCGGGUGCAGCAUGCGCUGUCCAGGUGCUUGCAGGGCCUGCACGACCCGCAGAGGGCAUUCCGUGCCACCUUGGGCACAAACCGAUUUUGCUUGGAUGAGCUCGUGAGCAGGGAUGAGGCAAAUCAUCCUGUUCUGCUGCAAUGUAUUCUGGAUCGGGUUAACGAGGUGGAGAAAAACUGCGACUACGAACAAUUUGCUCCGCUGGCCAUUUUGUUCCACGCGGCCGUGAUUCAAGCCUCCCACUUACCCAAAAGCGUCAAUCUGUUGCACCAGUUCCGUCCCGUGCUCCGCCGCAUUCUGUCCUGGCCGGUGCCGCACUGCUCCAUGGCCCAGGACCUGCUCUCCGUCCUCGAUACGGAGCUCCGUGCUCCAGGGAUUUCCUACCAGCGCCUCAUCAGGAGUGAACACAACCUUAAGACGAAGAGUUUCCCGGCGAAAACCAAAACAAUCUUCCUGCUGGACCCGGCAGAGAUCCCUGCGGAGUUCAUCGCCACGGUGGAGCAGGCCGUGCGGGCGCCUGUGCCCACCGACCACCGCACGGCGCUCAUCCGGCGCGCACUGCAGGCCACGGCCGCCGUGCCCGCCGAGGGCGUGGGGGAGGCCCUCAGGACCAUGGGGGAGAAGGAACUGCAGCGGUUGUUUGAGCAGAGCGUGGAGAUGAUGGAGGAGGCGGCAAGGAGAGAGAGCCAGGAGCAAGCCAGAGCCUUCCUCCUGGACGCCACCGCCGCUCUGCAGCAGCAGAUUGUCGACGUCGCCAGGACGUCCGGUGACGACCCCGCUCGCGCUGCCUAUGACGGCGUGGGCUCUGAGCGAGGAGGGGUGGAGGUGACGUGCGAGGGAGACUGCACGGCUGCGUGCCUCGCUCACGUCUGGGACAAAGACAACCUCAAUUUCCUCUACCAGAUGCUGCCAGCGGAACACGUCCCCAGCGCGGACCCAAUGCCCGGCGGAGAGGGCUCCCUGACCGCCGCCCCCUCACCGCGGGACUCGCUCCUCUCGGACACGUCCUCCUACGCCGAGGACGACAACUUCGCCAACCUGCUGUCCUGCAGCAGCGACAGCGGCUACCUGGAGGAUGAUCCCGCCGCGGCGCUGCAGGCCGCGCUGGAAGCGGACGUCGGGUCCGGGACGCGCCGGGCAUGCCACGGCGUGCCCUGGCAAAGCUCGGCGCAGGACCCCGCGGGGGGCCGGGAGAAUUUACGGGCGGACUUCGCGACGAUGACGCGGGCGGAGGAGCAGCCCCCGCCGUACGAGGAGCUGCUGCCGCUGGCCCUGAACGGAUCUCGGGAUGCGCGGUUGCGCAAGAGCUGCACGCUGCCAAGCAAGCUGGCAAACAGUCGGGAGCGCACGGGUUCCCUGCCCAUCAUCUCGGGGCCCUUUCUCGGCGAGUCCAAGCCCGCGCAGAGGACCCUGUCGCACAAGAUCUCUCACCGGCUGGGCCUGCUCCGGGACCGCUUGUGCCGAGCGCCCGGCGCCUCCGGCCAGCCGGGCAAAGCCGAUUCGCAGUUCGGCUUCAUUGAGCGGCCAGACGUGGGCGCCGUGGCCAAGCUGCAGCUGCGCGAGGCGGCAGCGCAGUGGCGGCGACGCGUCGCGUUCGAGGCGCAGGGCACUCGGCGUCGCCACUGCAACAUCAUGCGGCUCGUGGCGUUCGGCGAGGACCACAUCCUCGGAAAGCUGGCGCGUGCCUACAACCGCCUCUGGAUGCAGGAACUGUGGAACCCACAGCUGUUCCGCCACUACCGGCUGGAGAUAUUUUACAUUCCACUGGCACAGAGGCUAUCUUCCUCGGAAGCAAACUGCAAUUCCAACUCUCCUCGGAACAGCUUCCAGACGACGGAAAACGACUUGUUGAAAUCGGAUGUCCUGAUGAACAUUGGGAACUACCUCGGUUCUGUGGAUCCGUGGUACGACCGCAACGUGCUGUCCCUCUACGACAUGCUGCCCACGCUGCUGCCAAAGUCGAGCUCCAAGGAUGAGGUGAUCAACUCCCAGAAGGAAGUCAGCAUGCUCAUGGACAUGAUCCUCUACUACUGCCAGCAUGCGGCGCAUCCUCACCCCAUCCCUCUCUACGAGAUCGAGAUCACCCUGGCUUCUGGAGACGUCAAGAAAGAGGUAUUCAUUUGCCAAUUGGAGCUGGGAUUCCUGGCGGAUCGCAGGGCCAUCUUGGCAGCAGGGUCGGCGCAGAAGCGAUUUGGGAUCGAAGGUGACAGAGAAGCUGUCCCCGUCCACCUGCAAAUCGCCUACUGCAAGACGAGUCUGAGCAAGCGUAUUCAUUGGCACACCAUGGAGAAGACCUGCACCUCGGCCAGGAUCAUACAAAAUGCCGACAGAGACGCUGGCAUGGGCACACUCAACCUCACUUUGCUGGAAGUCGUACGGAGGUCACAAGGAUCCAAGGGAAAAUCCGCUUACAACCAGCAACUAAAUGCUUUGGAAGUGAGGGUGGACAAGGUACAGCUGACGGCAGCAGGGGGCUCCAACUUCUCCUUGUGCAUUGACCGUGAUGACAAAAAGGUGUUCCGCAACAUCACAAGGUGCGAAGUCAGACCCUGCUGCCAAGUCAACGCCCCGGCCCACGGUACCCUGGCCGGUGUCUCCCAUCUGGCACGACCGACUCAGCCACCCAAUUGCGAGCCCUUCUGUCUGCCCAUAUCUCUCUUCUGCAGCCCGGCUCUGUAGCCCUGCUCAGCCUCGGGCGUUCAGGCCGGCAGGGACAGGAAGUGCCAUGGCGGCACGGUUUUGAUCGGAGACAUUACAACAGAGGAUGAAGAGUGUAAUUUGGUUGUUAUGCGCGCAUUUUUUUGCUCGGUUAACACGUCACGCGCGUGAACGUGUGAAGGGCCUCGUGUGCCUGCACAUCCCUGUGUUCGUCAGCUGCUGGACGAGAGGCUCUCCACUCCGAGUGGCCCAUGGGGAUUUUUUUUCUUACCAUACUUCGCCAUACUCGUGGCCAAAGGCAGGGAGCGUAGAAAGUAUGGUACAACAACAAAACAUUAUUUUUUUGCACAGGCAUAUGCCACCCACAACAUAGCCCCCGCAGCCUGCAGUGACUGUUACAAACGGUGGUCGGCCGUCCGAGCUUGAUUUUGGCUCAAAGCAGCUUAGCUUCUGGGAUCUUGAUGAUAUCGAUGCAUCGCAUUUGAUAUGGUAAAAUGCAAAAAAACAUGCAGUAUUAUGUUGUAUGUCGACAAAAAGUAGGAAUUAAAUUCCAGAAUAUGCCAGCCUCGGCCUUUAAUUGCAAUACCAAUUAAAUAUACCUCUAAAAACUGAAUUGUAUAAAGAUGGGUAGCACACGAGCUUAUUAAUACCAGUGAUUACAAUAAUGUAGACUCUCAAUGGGUCCUCACCUGAUUUAUUUAUAUUAAAAAGGGGCACUUAAAUGACAUCGGGUUUUCCCCACUUGCUCGCUCAGUUGGCACAAGCGGCUGCAGAAGGCAAGCUGGCGAUGUACAGGGUGCUUCAAAAAAACGUUAACACUCCGGAGAAUUUACAACAACACCAGAAGAAAUGUGCCGCCUCCGGGCUCUGGAGUCCAGCUGGAGAAGAUUCCAGGCCACGUGUUGACAAUGAUGGCGAACAAGUGGAGACUUUUCUUUUUUACUUUUUGAAGCUAUUAACAUACAUUUGUUAUCACGUUACAGUGUAUCAUCCGUUCUUUUUCCAUUCGAAGCGAUAGUCCCAUGUAAGUGUUUAAUACAUUUUGAAGCAACCUCUAUUUUGUUGUUUUGAACGGGGCGUGUUGAACAAAGUCCGAGGUGAGAACGUUUCCGCUACUGAAGCGAGCGAAAGCACGUAGAUUGUUUUAUUCGCGGACACAAUGCGCAAUAAUGUCUUGCAUUGCAAGUCUGUUUUAUAAAAUUACAACCAAUUUAGUUGUGAAUGGGGCAUUUCCAUCAGAAGUUCAAGGCUCAAAUUCGAAUAGCCAUACUCCCCGUACAGAGGAAAUUACUUUGACUUUUAUUUGCCCUUAAAUCCUAUCGGAGCACUGUUACGCGAUUGAUAAAUGUUUGCAGUGAAGUGACAUGUAUAGUGCAUGCAACUAAAUCAUGAGGUUACGGUUUACUAAAUGGGAACCAACGUCGUUCUGCAGAGAGGUUGCUUCAGUAAGUCUCUGAAAGUGAAUGUCAAUUCCUCUCCUUUCUCUCUGCACUGUAAGAAAGAAGAAAAAUACUCAAAGAAAUGUUCCUUAAUAUUGUAUUCACAUGCCGUUCCAUUUAAAUAUAAUUUAAUUCUAAUUUUUGUAUCAUUUACUUAGUUGUCCAGGAAAGUCACACUGAGUUGUAUUUUAAGAUGUUUUCAGCCAAUGAUUGAGUGUUUAUUAUACACGUGGGAGGAAAUUGAAGCAUCUGGAGAAACCCACGCAUGCGAGGGGGCAACGUUCUAUCCCCGCACAGAUGCAAACAGAUGGUGAUUAGUCCACUUUGUGUACUGCCUUCUCCUGGUGAGCCAGGGUAUGGCACCUCUUUGAUGUCCACGGGAAGAUAGUAUCACAACAUUUGUGCAAUCCACCAACCUUCCCUCACUGCCUCCACAAGUGCUGGGUUACAGACCAUAUGGAUAGCCACUACCGCAUCAUGAGAUACAGUUUUUGCACGCAGACACUUUAUAAAUCCAAAUCGUGCUGUAUAAUUGCACAUCCUCAGCCAUUUCUUAUAGUAGCCACUGCUAAAUCGAAGGGUCCUCAUGUUAUCGUGCCAUCGCCCACUCACUUGUGCAGUUACGUAUAGCUCAUCCUUUUAUCCUCAUCUUCAUUUCAUAUGUAUACGCACACUCUGCAAACAUGCAGUCUAGUAAGGCAUUGCAUACUGCAGUAUACAGUAUUACAGUGUAUAGAUUUGACUAUAGCAGCAUGGGUCAAAUCCCCAAUGCUUCACCCGUGAUUGGUAUCGCACUACUUAAUUGCAACUUUCCGUUGCACAGGCUGUAGAAGAAAUUCUCGUCAGCAAACCAGCUUCGCCGCCACCGAGUGGUUUGCGCUGGAGGCAAAAUUGACGGUUAAAUAAUUUAACCACCGUAGUCGCCUACAUCCCACAGUUUUCGCACCUAGCCUGGCGUUUUACUGAGCCUGAUGAGUGGGUGGCAGCCUCAUUCUCUCCCCUUGAACGCAGAGAGAGUCAUUGGGGGGGAGGCGGUGACGCAGCCCGAUGGUACCGCGCCCGUCUCUCGUUGCAGAGGUAUUCCACGGUUUGAUUUCGGCGGCCACCCUAAUUAUUGACUGCGUUGUGUCUUUACGACAUUAAAUAUAUAUCACGUGCCAUCUGCUUCAAGAGUAAGGCCAUCGUGUGUCGACGUCACGGUUCAGAUUCGCCCAGUCCCCGCAAAAUUACUCACUUGGGAAUGUAUGCACGUCAAUCAUCGUCCCACUACUGCGGACAUUUCGCAGGGCCCUCCGGAAAAAGUCAGACUCUGUCAAACUUUCCUGAGUGAAUUAAAUGUCCGACAUGAUUUUGACACGGAAAUUAGCCAGUUGUUGGGCGCGUUGUCCCGCGUUUCACUGCAUUGUGCUUGUGGCGAAUUCAGUUUAUGCAAGGUAGCUCCCACCAGUGUUCCAGCGCAUUGGGAGCGAAAUGUCGGACAAUCCUGCCAAUGAACUACCUGCCGCACAACCUAAAAUUCAGAUCGGAGACUGCAAAUAUCACCCUUGGGAUGCUGUAUACGUGGCAAUGAACCACGUGGGCAAGCGCACUUUGACAUCUGUAGCAAUAUGCCACUUUGAAGUAGAGUCUUGGAGAUUCGUAUUUAGUGCGGUCAAUGCAGAGGCCCCCGUUGCUAGCAAUUAACGGUACAAUUCUCAAUAUACUGAUGCGUUUAAGAAUUAGACAAUACCACGUAUACUGUAAUGUUCUCAAACGCAGAUCGGGUUUACUUGUACAUGUGUAUUAUUAGUUAAUAAAAUCGCAUACUCUCACAAGCCUGAAAUAACAAUGAAGACACGUGCUGACAAUUUGUAUUUAUAUUUUUUAAACUUUUAUUUCGGUCUUGUUAAUUUUGGUUUCGUAUUUAAACUUUGCACAAGUCUUUUACGGUUGGCUGUGUACGGUGCGAAAGAAGUUCAACAUACAUAGAUACAUUACUUCAUCGUAAUAUAUUUUUGUUACAUUUUGUAGCGUUAAUGGUUUUUGAUAAGAUCUGCACUGAGAUAUAUGUUUUACUGUACUUUGGUUGUAUCCCAGGUCUCCCUUGCAAGACAUUUUUCCUUGCAAUGGGAUCUCACCUUGUUCUAAAGUUAAUAUAUAUAAUAUACUUGUGCGUGUAUAUAUUGCUCGUGUUUAAAAUGUUAAUUAAUUUAAAUAAAGGUGUAAGUAACCCAGAAACCUUGAACGUCUGUUAUUUUUACGAACGCAUGUGUCGGUUUAGCACGUAGGGCUUUAACACCGAAACAGGAGGAUUUCUCCACAACCCUGGCUCUCGCCUGAUGAUGGCAGUUGCAAUUGCUGGCGUCACGUCGUACUCGGAUUGUAAAUGUUGUGGGUUCACUCUCCAACACAUCGGUGUUCUG